AUGGGUAAAAUCGCUGUCGCCGGUGGCUCGUCCGGUUUGGGCCGGACUACGGUCGAUGCCCUCAAUGCGGCAAAGACUCACGACUACGUCGUCCUAUCGCGCAAGGCUACUGGUCCAGAGACCCGGGCUGUCGACUACUCUGAUAUCGACGCUUUAACUUCACUUCUUGAGUCUGAGCAGGUCGACACAGUUAUAUCCAUGCUUCCGAUCGAUAACGAUGAGAGCGGACAAGCUCAGAUGAAUCUCAUCGAAGCGGCUGAGAAGUCAACCAGUACUAAGCGAUUCUUGCCGAGUGAGUUUGGAAUGGUUUACAAAAGAGAUGAUACCCGGAGACGGAAACACUCCUGUCGUCAUCACCCACUCUACAGACGCAGCAAAAAUUAUACCGUCGCUCUUCUCGAUAUUCCGAAUUGGAAGCGCAGAUAUGCUAUCGUCGCAAAUCGCAUGACUCUCAAUGAAGCGGUAAAGCUGGCUGAGGAGGUUAAAGGCGUCAAGUUUGACGUUAAAUAUUUCUCUGUGGAGCAGAUGAAGAGUGAUGAGAAUGAUUUGACUCCGAGCAUGAAGAAGGCGGUGCCGCAGGAGAUGCAUGGCGGUAUGAAGACCAUGCUGACUUUAUCGGGAAUCGGUAUGGCUACGGGAUCGAAUGACAUUCAGGGGAUUGAUGAUCUGGUGGUCGAAUUUCCAGGUAUCAAACCUGUUACUGUUCGAGAUGUUUGGGAAGCGUGGAAAUAA